AUAGCUCACUGAUAAAGGCCUGUUUUCGCGAUAAAAGGCGUGUAAGAAAGAGAAAACAGGCGUUAACAGGAACAGCGACAUAUCUACUGCGUCACUAACGGUUUCCUCCUUCAUGUGUGCGCGCGAGGUUCAGUCAACCGCACGAGCUCAACAUCACACACGCGCGCGCGAGAAAGAAACCAGAAAAAAAUGAACGUCGUUUUUGUUGUCGUAGCAGGUGUGAUGCUAAGUUUGGGAUGUGCUGAAGACCAGUCAACAACAACUGCAUCUACCACUGAAAAAACUUCCACCUUCAAUCAAACCAUAAAAGUCACGUUACAGGAUAUAAGUACAAAAAGGUCGGACACGUCCAACAACAAAACCACCACAUCUGCCACCAACACUUCUACCAAUACGACCACAGUUGCCACCAACACUGCUACCAAUACGACCACAGUUGCCACCAACACUGCUACCAAUACGACCACAGUUGCCACCAACACUGCUACCAAUACGACCACAGUUGCCACCAACACUGCUGCCAACACCACCAUCAUAAAUGCCACUGAAACCACCGCCAUCACUAUCACAGAUGCCACUAACACCACCACCAACACCACUGCCUCAGCUGUCCCCAACACCACCAUCAUUACCACAGAUACCACCAACUCCACGACCAGCACUGCUGCCACCACCAUCACCACCAUUACCACCACCAACAUCACAGCUGUCACUAAGGCCACCACUAAAGCCACCUCCAUCAUGCCAACAACAACUACAUCAAAAGCGAAUUCUAGUUUAACAUCCAUCACUUCUUCAGUGCAACCCCAGUUCUCCACUACAACCAUUCUGCGGCCAACACAAUCACGUUUAACAAGAAGACCAGUAUCAUCCACAAUGCAGGCCAGUACAACAAAAGUCUCAAACAGAGCCAGUCCUGUCAAGGCAUUGAGUUCAGUGAGCGUCGCUGCCAUCGUCAUUGGUUUCAUCGUCCUUGUGAUAUUUAUACUGGGUGGAGUAUAUUACUUCAAAAUAAAGCGCCCUUCCUAUGGCCGUCUCUUGGAUGACACAGAACACGGCAAUUUCUUCAACCCCAUGUUCGAUGGCUAAGUGCCACUUCAGAAAAAGUUCUAGUAUUGACCCUUUUCAGAGGGAAAGGAUUUGGACCAAUGGAGGCCUGCCAUGGCUUUGAACAUGUCGACAGUGACUAAUCUAAUGAUCUGCUCUUUCAGGGAACUCAUGAAACCAGUACAAAUUAAACAAAAUCUGAUGGUCUUAUGAAUGAGAUAUUUUAUGUGACAGAUGAUAUGUGCACUUGAUAGAUGAUAUGUGUUAAAUGAUAGAUAGAUAGCUAUAUGCCAGUUCUGUGAAAUGAUUCUGUUAUAUCUUUAAUAAUAAUUUAUAAAUCAUUUUGAACAUUUACAAACAUGGUUUACUUCUUUAAGGAGGAUUUGUUUUGGUUUCCAGUAGUUCAACUGAAGAGGAUUUUGAAUAAUGAUUAUAUACAGGAAAGGAAUAUAUAUAAUAAAAUACAAUAUAAGUAUCCCAGAUAUAAAUACUGGAAAAGUCCCAAGACCUUUUCACCAGUUGGAUUAUAGUUUGUUUUGUCCCUUUGACCUAUUUGUAAAUGUUGUAAUUGAAUUUUAAUGUGGUUCCACCGUUUUGCUGGUAGCAAACCUUAGAAAAACACAAUACUGUUACGUAUAUGCUUACAAGUAUGAUUGUGUGGCCAUAUUGUCCAUUUCCAAUCAUUAUUUUAUUUGUGUUUUAAUGUUUUCAUAUUUGUGAAAAGUUACUUUGAAUAAAUUGCCUGUAGCUCAUUAAUUAAACCUAAUUUACUGAA